AAAGUUACAUGAGCUAAAUUGCACAAUUUGUCAUUUUCAAUGUAUGUGCAACCGUAUCGGAUUUGCCUUUGUAGCCUUUUUGUGACACGCAACAAAACAAGCGUCAAGUGCCUUAGCAACAAUUACUCUAAUUAACUUUCAGUUUUUGAGUAUUGUUUAGAAAACAAGGAUGGGGGAUCACGACAAAGCAAGGGACAAGGCUGCAAGACAUCUGAAGAAACAGGGGAGUGUUUCCUCUCUAGCAAGCAGUCUUGAUGUCUUGAAACAACACGAUAACAGACAUCAAAGACAUGGACCAAGCUCCAUGAGUACAGUUUCGUUCAUGGAUGAACCUGGCCAUGACGACAACUACAAACCCCCUGUGAGAUGUGAAAACACAUAUCAGCUUGAACCCAAAAAGAAGUUCCCAUCGGGCAAAGUCAAGCACAUAAUUCAGGAUGUACUUGACAGUUAUUUAGCAGAAGAAAAAUAUGAACCAGAGCUCUGCAGACAGAUGUCUAAAACUAUAUCAGAGGUGAUAAAGGCGAGAGUGAAAGAAAUGAUGAUUCCACGCUUUAAAGUGAUCUGCCUGGUGCACAUAGGUCAGCUGAGCAGCCAGGGUCUACGCAUUGGCAGUCGUUGCCUGUGGGAUGACAAAUAUGACACUUUCUCGUCACACGAGUUCAGAAACAAGUCCAUAUUUGCAAUCGGAAUGGUGUACGGCGUCUACUACGAAUAAGACAGUGCUUUGUUGCUAUCUGCUCCUUAUUUUGACCGGCAAUCUAAAAAAAUGAAGAACUUGUUCAGAUAUACAGAAGACUAUAUUAGUGUUGAAUAAAAGUAACAUAUAUUUUUGUCCCCUACCAGUUUCUACCGGUGAAACCGGAGGGGACUUAUGGUUUGCACUCUGUCGGUCUGUCUGUCAGUCUGUGUCAGUCAGUCCGUCACACUUUUCUGGAUCCUACAAUAACUUUAAAAGUUCUAUCUUUCAUGAAACUUGAAAUAUGGAUAGAUGGCAAUAUGGGGAUUAUGCACAUCAUUUCGUUUUGUUCCUGCAUCAAGAAUUAUGGGUGCUAUGGCAACAAAUAUAUGAAAUAAAAAAUACAAAAAAAUACUGACAAUGGUGGAGUUUCACAGGUAGGGGACCAUAUUGCUUGGCAAUCUCUUGUUUAAGGCAAGGCUUUGGAAACCCUGAACCACAAGCCAAUAUUAAACGGUGUUCUAGUUUUGGUGCAGUGCAAAUAAACCUCGUUAAUAAAUACUUAAAAGGUGAUCAAUUGUACGGAUAAUUGUAUAUUUUUGUUUGAACAUUCAUUAAAAGAAAAAUACUGAAUAAUGAACAAAUAAAAACAACAACAUAAAAUGCAAUACUGGUACUGAUUAUGUUAGUUGUAUUUCUUUAUGUUUAUUUUCUUACUAUGUAUGCUUGAUUCUGUGUUCCAAUAUGUAUUCCAUGGACAAGUUUUGCCCUUCCAAAAUACUAAACUCAGCUUAAAAGCUGUUUUAUUAAAUUCUAGUUAUUGCUGGUCUUGAAUAUCAUUUUUUUAUGUUUUAGAUGCAAAUUUAUUAAUUUCUUUCUCAUAUUUAAUCCUGAGUACAUAUGUAUUAUGAAGUAAUUACUCAGUUUGCCUAUCAGGCUUAUGUUGUUUGUACUUAAAAUAAUCAUGUAAAUUUCUUGUGAAAAAAUAAGCAUGUUUUCUGCUUUAUUUGUUUUCAUAAAAGAAAAAUGGAUUCUUCUAUUUAGUUAUGAUAUUUAGACUUGUUUUCUUUUAUUUAUCUUCUGAAUGCUUAUCAAUAUUUUUUUCAUUAUAAUAUUCACAAUUUAUCCCUUUUCAUACACUGCAUCCUUAUUUGAUAUACCUACAUUUGAUUUUUUUUUCAAAUGAUUUGUGAAUAUCAUAGUGUUUCACUUAAGCAAUUAUCAACUGGGAAUUAUUUACCAUUGAAAGAACUGAAUAAGCAUACAUGAUUUUCUGUAUUAUUUUGUUAUUGAUACCAAAAAAAAUUAUAUUGAUAGCAUCAUUUAUGAAUAAAAAGUACAUAAUUUUAUUAUAUUUAUUUGUUAGUAUGAAAUAAUAUGAUUCAAUUGAUCUAACUUAAUGUAUUUUGGCAUUUUUGUUACAUAAAUUAUGUAAGUAAUUAUACAAUAUUCUGAUAAGUGAAUCUAUAUGUGACAAUCUCAAAAUGUCUGCGUUGCAAUCACUCAACUCUUGAGAAUGCUGCCUUCCCUUGAUGAAAUCCAUCAAGAAUUUUAACAGCUUGAUUUGUUUGAUGUGUGCAACACAUAGGAUACUAUGUAAAUAAUACCAUACGGAUUGAUUUUUCUGAAAAGAAGCUCUUUUCAUUACCUUUCCUGAUUAUUAUUGGUAUAUUGUUUGAGGUUAAAAUUAUAUUUCGAAAUCCUGUGAUACAUUUUGUUUAUAUUUUAUAAUAAAAUAUAUUCAAUUAAAUUUAUUUAAUCAAAAUGAAA